AUGGGAAGAUGUUAUUUGUUUCCAGUUGCAAUAAUCACGGAAGUAUGCACUCGAAAAUAUGUCCCACGCUUUCACACAACUCUGCUCAUUCAGGCGGAGAAAGGGAAAUAUGUGGAAAUAAGAUUUAGCAUCUUCAAGCCCGAUUGGUUGUCUGGAGCACCUUGUGCUGAUGAGGACUAUCUAGAGAUCCGUGAUGGUUAUAAUCAGUCUGCCAAUCUACUGGGUGUAUUUUGUGGAAGGAACACUCCUUAUUUUACCCUGCGAUCCAGUGGACAUAACAUGUGUUUAAGAUUUUCACCUCAGCAUAGAUACCGGUUUGGGCGGGAUUUAGGCUUUGAGGGAAAAGAAAGGAAUGAAACAGCUCCUGCAAACCUAACUACUGUAGCACAGACCCAGUUUGUCCUGUUCAACCAUCCUUCAUCUUUGUGGUGCCCUGCGGAAGGUGGACCGGCUCCACACAUUGUUUGGAGAAAAAAUGGAGCUAUUAUGCAAAACAACACAGGUGUAAAAUUCCAACUAAAUUUUACUGAAAAAGAAAGAGAUGCAAACUACAGCUGCGAAGUGGACAGCAAUGGCCUAUUGCAGAGGAAAAACAUCAGCCUCGUUGUCGAGAGCUGCCCUGAACCUUGUCGAUGCAAAGUUCUGAAAGGUAACAUGAAGGGCUUUAUACGUGUUGAUUGUGAACAGAAACAGCUGAGAUCAAUUCCACAGAACGUUCCAAGAGCUACUGUAAAACUUGACUUGUCCCAUAACCAACUAGAGCAGUUGCCUUCAGAAGCUUUCAGUGACAAUCCCUUUCUCAGAGAGCUGUAAGUUAAACUUCCUUGCCGAGUCAUUUGACAGCAGCUGUGCUCUGGCUCAAGAAUUUGAUAACUUUCCUGUCGUCUACCUGGGUUUCAUAUGUCACGAUAGUACAAUUG